CAGCCGGGUUUCCACAUCUCUUCCCAGUUCACGGCGGCUUCACUCCUCACGGUUUUGUUUUGUUUUGUUUUGUUUUUUUUUUCUCUGCAACGUGAGUGGCGUUGCCUCGCAGUGAUUUCCGUGGGCGUAGCUAAAGAAGGACCUGGGAGGAGAGGAAGCCGCUGCAAACUGGCCAAGCUCCAGAAGGCGUGGAAGUUCCUCCGCGUUUCCCAUUUUAACUCGGCAUGAGCAGCGCGCUCUUCCCGGGCAUCGGUGGUCCCGGCACGUUGUGGGUGGUAUUCAUUGCCCAGACGCUCCGUGUAAUUCGGAGAGAGAAAAACCACCGUUUUCCAGCAUUUGUCGUGGAGGAGAACUAAGCGAUAGGAAAAUGUCUAUUUUCCCUAAAAUAUCUUUGAGACUUGAGGUUGAAAACUAUCUGAAAGCGGGCUUUAUGAAUGAGGAGGUUGUGUCUGCUUUAGGUAAAGAAGCAGCAGAGAGGAAGUUUGAAACUCUGUUACAUAAGUUGUCCUGCCCUCCAUCAUUCACUACCGUCAGAGUAAAUACGCAUCUAGCCUCAGUACAGCAUGUGAAAAGUCUGUUAUUUGAUGAGCUUCAGAAGCAGUUUAGCGGAUUAAGUUUUCCUAUUCUUCAACAUCCAGACCUUCAGGAUGUCUUACUUAUUCCUGUUAUUGGACCUAGGAAUAAUAUAAAACAACAGCCCUGUGAAGUUAUUGUUGGAGCCCAGUGUGGCAAUGCAGUCUUACGAGGAGCCCACGUCUAUGUUCCAGGAAUCGUGUCAGCCUCAAAAUUUAUGAAAGGUGGAGAUGUUGUUUCCGUGUACUCUGAUAUUAAAGGCAAAUGUAAGAAAGGAGCCAAAGAAUUUGAUGGAACAAAAAUAUUUCUUGGAAAUGGGAUUUCUGAACGAAGCCGCAAAGAGAUCUUCAGCAGGCUCCCUGAACUGAAAGGCAUAGGUGUAAGAAUGACAGACCCAGUGUAUCUGAGCCCCUCAUUUGACAGCGUACUGCCUAGCUACUUAUUUUUACAAAAUUUGCCGUCUGCUGUAGUAAGUCAUGUUCUGGAUCCUCAGCCUGGAGAGAAGAUUCUAGAUUUGUGUGCGGCCCCCGGAGGCAAAACAACACACAUUGCAGCGCUGAUGCGUGAUCAGGGAGAAGUGAUAGCACUGGAUAAAAUAUCCAACAAAGUAGAAAAAAUAAAGCAGAAUGCGUUAUUGUUAGGGCUAAAUUCCAUCAGGGCAUUUUGCUUCGAUGGAACAAAGGCCCUUAAACUUGAUACGGUUAAGGACACAGAUGGAGAACCUCCAUUCUUACCAGAAUCUUUUGACCGAAUUCUUCUGGAUGCUCCCUGCAGUGGAAUGGGACAGAGACCAAACAUGGCUUGUACUUGGACUUUGAAGGAAGUGACAUCGUAUCAACCAUUACAGCGAAAACUCUUCACUGUGGCAGCUGAGCUGCUGAAGCCGGGGGGCGUGCUGGUGUAUAGCACGUGCACUGUCACCCUAGCAGAAAAUGAAGAACAGGUCGCCUGGGCCCUCAAGACAUUUCCUCACCUUCAGCUUCAGCGCCAGGACCCACAGGUUGGAGGAGAAGGGAUGCUGGGAGCUGGCCUGUCAUCUGAACAACGGAAACGGCUGCAGCGAUUCGAUCCCUGUGUGGUGCCGUCACAGGACAGUGACACUGGUUCUCUCGGAGAUGCCAGGAUAGAAGACAUGAUUUGGCUCGCAAAUAAGGAUUGUAUAGGCUUUUUCAUUGCAAAAUUUGUAAAAUGCAAAAGCACGUAGGAGAAGGAUCCUUAGAAAUGAAAGUUCCAAACGUUUUCCAUGUUUUUUUUGUUUUUUUAAACCAAAAACUGUUGUCAGGCCACGUGAUUGAUGCCAUGGUUGCUGAGGAAACAGAAAAGGCUGCCGGCUGUUCCACCAGGAAUCGAGACUGUACUUCACAGAGGAAGUAGCGGGGGUGGGGUGGAGAGGGGGGCACUUUGAGACUAUAUCUUGUGUGUUUAAAAUACUUUUCCUUUAUGGAUUUAGCAGAGUAUAAAGGAAAGGAGAUGCCUGAAGAUGUCUGGAACAUAUUUUCAUUUGGGGUCUUUGUUUUAAUUUGUAAAGAAUGCAAGUCAUUUUUAAUAUUAAAAUCAGUGUUUAACAAAAGGAAUAAAAUUAGCGGUAUUUAAUUUGGUUAUAAAACACGUUUUCCGUUAUUGAGUUCCUUCAGAAUUCAGGGUGUGGGAGCUUAUAACUUACUUAUCAAGUGCCAGCCACGGAGCUGGGAUUUCACCUGACUUUUUCCGUUUACUAUUUGGUAAAUCAGCCUUCUUUCAAAUGAGCUCUGGACUACCCCCAAUGGCAGUCUCCCUUCACUAUGUGGACCUUUUCUCCUCUGUCAUAUUUGUUUUUCUUUUUUUUUUUUUUUUUUUGCGGUACGCGGGCCUCUCACUGCUGUGGCCUCUCCCGUUGCGGAGCACAGGCUCCCGGACGCGCAGGCCCAGCGGCCGUGGCUCACGGGCCCAGCCGCUCCGUGGCGUGUGGGAUCCUCCCGGACCAGGGCACGAACCCGUGUCCCCUGCAUCGGCAGGCGGGCUCUCAACCACUGCGCCACCAGGGAAGCCCUCUUCUGUCAUAUUUUAAACUAAAAACUAAAAUGAAUUUUUUUAAACUCUGUAGAUUAAAAAUGAGACUAUUGCACAAUUCGGGUACCUUUUAUCAUCUAAUGGAAUACAUACAAGUCCUUAGAGAUGUGACUGGUGAGAAGACCAUCUUGUGAGGGCUGGGAAGUGGCCAGGCAGUCACAGCUAAGCCUUGGUGUUCUCCCCCUGAACAGAAGCAACUCCACAGAACACCUUCCCCAGACCAAGCGACUGCGACUGGAUCCAGACGAGACAAGCCCACUUCACCACCAAACCUGAAAUCACCC